CGUUCCUGAUUGGCUAAGAGUUUCAAGCCUGUACUUCGAACGAACAAUUGGGCAUUUCCUUGUAAUGCUUGGUAAUGUUAUUAAUGGUAAGGACGUGGGCUUGCUAACACCUAUUUUACCACCGUCCCACAAAAGAGAGCGCAAGAUACUGAAUACCAGGAACUGGAAGAGAAAGAUAGAUGCCAAUUGAGAAGAACAUGGACAUUCCGCAGAGUGGUGGGGACACUGUGGACUCCUGGAAAUUGUUUCCAAAGAAAAGGUCAGAUGCAGAGCCCGCAGGCAGUAGUAAGACUGCUGAGGAAUUGGACUCUGCCCCCCGCAGCAGUAAAACAGCAGACUCUGACCCUUACCGCUACAAGAUGGACUAUCCCUGCAUCGGAACCUGUCUGAUUAUCAACAAUAAGAACUUCCACAGUAGCACAGGGAUGAGUGCUCGGAAGGGGACGGAUGAAGAUGCUACUGCUGCUAAAAAGACCUUCUCUAAGCUGGGUUAUAAGGUCAAUGUGAACAAUGAUCAGACCGUGGCGGAGAUGAAACAACUGUUGUCUAGUGCAUCCAAGGAGGACCACAGUAAGAGUGCAUCAUUUGCAUGUGUGUUGCUAAGUCAUGGAAACGAGGGCGUGAUAUAUGGCACCGACGGCUUUGAAAAGUUGGAGGAGCUGACAAAAUACUUCAAAGGAGGCCGCUGUAAGAGUCUGGUGGGGAAACCCAAGCUCUUCUUCAUACAGGCUUGCCGUGGGGCGGAGCUGGAUGACGGGAUUGAAACCGACAGUGUCGAUGUUCAAACAUCCGAGAGGAUUCCUGUGGAGGCAGACUUCCUGUAUGCCUAUUCCACCGCUCCAGGUUACUACUCAUGGAGAAACGUGACCAACGGCUCCUGGUUCAUGCAGGCGCUGUGUGAGAUGUUGAUGCGAUUCCGCGGAGAGCUGGAGCUGAUGCAGAUCAUGACCCGCGUCAACCGCAAGGUGGCGCUGCACUUUGAGUCCUCCUCCAACCUGCCGGGAUUUAGUGGCAAGAAGCAGAUCCCCUGCAUCGUCUCCAUGUUGACCAAAGACUUCUACUUUGCUGAUUUCCACCUGUGAAAACUGCUAAGCUGUGGGAAACCGAGUCACAAGUGACUGUGCCGGUAUCACUUAUUUCAUAUCCCUCUAUUUUACCUUCAAAGCAGGCUGAUUUCUGCUCUCUUUGGCCAAACAGUUCAUGUAAAACAGGAUAACAUUAGUUUUAAUGUGACUACCCAAAAUGAAUAAUGUUAUAUGGUUGAGCCUGAACAGUUGUUUUUUUUUAAUGAUUUUUAUGAUUUUGCUUUUAGUGUUGUGAUCUUUUAGAUAAAACCUAAACCCUGUUUUAAUUCUAUCUUUGAUCAUUGUGUGUUGCAGACAAGAUACUAAGCGGUGUUGGGACCAUUUUCAGGGCUGCAUUUUCAAUAAGCCUGUUUCAGUGAUUACACACUUGAACUUUAGCAGAAGCGUGGAAAUGUGGACUUCUGUUUUUUGUUUUUUUUAAACUACAUAAACAUAAUACUGUAUGUUUGCAACGCGUCUGCUUUUUGAAUGCAAUAAAUGCACAAGCACAGAUAGAUCAUCGUAAACUAUCUGGCCAUCACAUGAAAAAAAGAAUAUUAUGUAGAAUAUUUCUUUCCUUUUUCAGGUGGUCAUAGGUCUACUGCAGGUGUUGUAGUUUUUUUCAUGUAUUACUACAUUACCACUGUCAUUACCUCUGCACUCAACCUCUGGGGAUGUUUUAAUAACUUUUACUGGGAUCGGUGAUAGAUAUAGAUUUGUUUGACAGUAAUAAAAGUAAAUCCAAGACUGUGGUUACCCAGUCCUCCUGACAUACAAUUACCAUGUUGAGAAUAAAGACUAUAAAACAUUCA